AUGACAAGGUUUGCAAGAGCUAAGGGAUCUAAAGCAUCUAACCUAAAGGCACCAGAAGAUAGUACACCAUGGGAGGUAAUGAAAGAACAAAUGGAAAAAGCAAAACACGAGGGCGAAGAAUUAAAAAAACGUGAAGAGGCUGAGAAGCAAAGGGUCGAAAAUUACAAUAACUUUCUUAAAGAACAUAAGGCACAAAAGAGAAAAGCAACUUGGUGCGACUUCCCUGAAGCAGAAAAGAAGAAAAACUCAAAUGAAAACUCGAGUGAAGUCAAAACAAAAAAAUCUAAGAAGAAUAAAAAUCUGUCUUCAAAUACCGAAGCUACUGAUAACAGUAAUGAAAACACCUUAAAUAAUACUGUAGUUAGUAAUGAGUUGACAGAGACUGGUAAGAAAAAGAAAAAUAAGAAUAAAAACAAGAAAAAUAAACAGGCUAGUGAAGAAAAUAACCAGGAACAAAACGAGCCUUCUAAUGAAGACUCUGUAAAAGAAGUAAAAGACAAUCCACAUAAAAUAAACAAUCAAAAUGAAAAGAGUUUUAAUAAUAAUAAACCAGUGCCUGCAAAAAAUAUUAAAAAGAAACUGAAAAAAGGUGAACAGCCCGCAAGAAGAAAACCGAUUGAUGAUAGAAGUUUCCAAAUCAUUAUCAAUGGUAAGGAGGUUGAACUGAUAAGAUUCGAUGGCUUCCCUGUGAUGAAGAAAGAUGCAGAACGACUUGAGGAAUUGAAGAAGAGUAUGAUACAAAAAGGUAUACCUAAGAGUGAAGUGCAAAGAACUAUGAAACUGGAACGGCGAAGGGCUGAGAAGGCUUUAGCUAGGGUCAAAAGAGAAGUUUGUUAUAACUGUAGGAAGGGAGGACACAAUCUAUCAGACUGUCCAGACCUUAAGUCGCAUAUCCCCGGAGUUGACUCAGCUGAAGGCGUCUGUUUCAAAUGUGGCUCCACCGAGCAUAGACAAUUUGAAUGCAAGGUGCAAAAGGAUAAAGAAUUCAGAUUUGCUACAUGUUUCAUUUGUAAAGAACCUGGUCACAUAGCAAGACAAUGUCCUGAUAAUCCAAAAGGACUUUAUCCGAAUGGUGGGAGCUGUAAGCUUUGUGGUGAUGUUACACAUCUUAGAAAAGAUUGUCCUACUAUGAAUGAGAAAAAAGAAAGCACAUCCAUUAAAUUACCAACUCUAAAUGACAGUAAUAUUGAGGACAUAGACAGCCAAGCAAAACCUGUUUCAACCGAAGUCGCUAAGAAACCUAAGAAAAUAAGAUUCUGA